UUCACCAGAAUUGAACUUGGGACUCUUUGGUCCACAGGCCAGUGCUCUAUCCACUGAGCAAACUGGCUAAGGCCAAUGCUGAACCCUUGAAAUUCUUUCAUAGCAAUAAUUAUUUUAAAAGAUAUUUUGUAUGAAUGGAAGUGUAGAGGAGGAGUUUUCUAAGCAAGUUACAAUUGCUCUUUCAUGAUCUUGGCAUAUUGGGACAAAUAGAAUUUGUUGAUUAUUGAUUUUUUUGGCUCAGGAAAUGCUUUAGAUGUGGUGUUUGGGGGAAAUCUGAGUCUGAACUUGUGAGUGUGAAUAAUUAUGGAGAAACCUAAUUUACGUCACCAUUUGAUGGUUGCAUAUUAUUUACCUCCUGCUUUGUGGUUAUAGUUUAUGUAUUCAGUAAGAGGAGAAGUGGCGAACUCAGAUAUAUUGGCUGAAAGUGGGAGUGGUACUUGAAGUCCUUGUUAGGGUCGCCAAAGGAAGUAUGCACAAGGCUGAGAGUGGUAAAAUUUGUUAGGUCAUGUUUUGAGACCAAAUGGGCUGAGCCCCCAUGACACCAGCACCCAGGCAUGGGGAGUCAGGUUUUAAAGGACUGUGGGCAGGCUUUUUCGGGGAACUCUGUGGAUGGGUCCAAAUCCUGGGAAAGUCCAGAGGGGAAAGAUCAUGGUUUUAGCAAGUGGAAUGUAGUCUAAGCAAAAGGGAAUGUUGGUUGUGAAGUGGUCUAAAGGUCAGUUCCCAGGGGAGGCGGGUAUCUAUUCAAUUAUUUGAUCAGCCCUAACAAUCCCAUGAUGAGAUCUUUGUGUGGUCAGAUUUUGUAUUAAAUCUUGAUACUUACAUGUUAGGUGCCUACACUUCUUUUUCUCUUUUUCACUGGUCUUUUGAAAAUUGUUCUGAGGUAUUUUUUUCUGUAUUUAACCCCCCCCCCAAAAAAAAUAUUUUUAAUCUAUGAACAUAUGACACCCAGGAAUUGUUUAAUUUUCAUUUAUUAAAUUAAUAAAUGAACAAAGUUGGCACCUAAUGGAUGAAUCUUGGCCAUAGCUAUUCAAACUUGGCAGAACUUGAUAAUUAGCAAAAAUUUGUCUUGGAUUUUUGUUUGUUUCAUUUUUUGUUAAUCUUUCCCAGAGGAUAUUUUUUCUGUUGAUUUUUAGAGAGGAAGGGAGGGAGGAGGGGACAGAGAGAAAAACAUGGAUGUGGGGGAGAGACAUUGAUUGGUUGCCUUCUGCCUGUGGCCCCAAUUGGGCCAAGGAUCAAACAUGCAGCCCAGGUAGGUGCCCUUGACUGAGAAUCAAACCCAAGACCAUUCUGUGUGUGACGCUCUAACCAUUGAGCAACAUGGGCCAGGGCUUGAGGUUUUCGUUGUUUUUUACCACAAUACAGAUGUGGCUGUUUUCUAGCAGUUGAAUCUGUAAAUCACCUUCUGUGGGACAAGUGUGUCCCAGUGACUGAGAGCCAGCUGUUGGGUGUUUUAACUAAACAGCUGGCUCCUAGUGGGCAGCUCAAGUCCCAGUGCGAAGUAUUGACUGCUCCAGGCUAGAGCAGGAAUAGAGCAUGCAGGGAGGAUUUUCGCAAGGCCUUCAGCGACCAGUUUAAAUUGGUUGAGAUUUUUCUGCCUUGGUUUUUUUCCUAUAGCUGCCCAAGUUCUACUUCAGAUUUUCAUGAAUGACUCAUCUUCCUGUCAUAUUUUCUUAGACUGCAAUGACUUAAGACUCUUGGGGUCACUGCUAUGAAGUUCAUCCUACUACAUCUAUUGGGAGGAGAAAGCAGUAAUAUUCAAACUCAAGCUUGUUUCCAACUCAUGCUGAUUGAUUCCUGAGUGAUUAUUUCUUCCUGAAAAUGACAUUUUAGUGAUUCAUUGUUUUCUGUGGGAGGAAGCUUAUGACCUUUUUUUUCCCCCCUUUCCAGAGGGAGUCUGGAAAAGUUGUAAGCAAGACAUCAUUUCUGUAAGAAAAUUUUGUAUAACAGAAGUUCUGGAUAAAAGGGCAAACCAGUUCAAUCACCAUGAGUUGGAGCUUCCUGACUCGCCUGCUAGAGGAGAUCCACAACCAUUCCACGUUUGUGGGGAAGAUCUGGCUCACGGUCUUGAUCGUCUUCCGGAUUGUCCUUACAGCUGUAGGAGGAGAGUCCAUCUAUUACGACGAGCAGAGCAAAUUUGUGUGCAACACAGAGCAGCCAGGCUGCGAGAAUGUCUGCUAUGAUGCCUUUGCACCCCUCUCCCAUGUACGCUUCUGGGUAUUCCAGAUCAUCUUGGUGGCAACUCCCUCAGUGAUGUACCUGGGCUACGCCAUUCAUAAGAUUGCCAAAAUGGAGCAUGGCGAAGCAGACAAGAAGGCUGCUCGGAGCAAACCCUAUGCCAUGCGUUGGAAACAGCAUCGGGCUCUGGAAGAAACAGAGGAGGACCAUGAAGAGGAUCCCAUGAUGUAUCCAGAAGUCGAAUUAGAAAGUGAAAAGGAAAAUAAAGAGCAAAACCAGCCUAAACCCAAGCAUGAUGGCCGACGGCGGAUUCGGGAGGAUGGUCUCAUGAAGAUCUAUGUGCUGCAGUUGCUGGCAAGGACCGUGUUUGAGGUGGGUUUUCUGAUAGGGCAGUAUUUUCUGUAUGGCUUCCAAGUCCACCCAUCCUAUGUGUGCAGUAGAAUUCCUUGCCCGCAUAAGAUAGACUGCUUUAUUUCUAGACCCACGGAAAAGACCAUCUUCCUUCUGAUAAUGUACGGCGUUACAGGCCUCUGCCUGUUGCUGAACAUUUGGGAGAUGCUCCAUUUAGGCUUUGGGACAAUUCGAGACUCACUCAACAGCAAAAGGAGAGAACUGGAAGACCCGGGUGUGUAUAAUUAUCCUUUCACCUGGAAUACACCAUCUGCUCCCCCUGGCUAUAACAUUGCCGUCAAACCAGAUCACAUCCAGUACACCGAGCUGUCGAAUGCGAAGAUCGCCUACAAGCAGAACAAGGCCAACAUCGCCCAGGAACAACAGUACGGCAGCCACGAGGAGCACCUCCCCGCUGACCUGGAGACGCUGCAGCGGGAGAUCAGAAUGGCUCAGGAGCGCUUGGACCUAGCAAUCCAGGCCUACAAUCACCAAAACAACCCCCCUGCUCCCCGGGAGAAAAAAGCCAAAGUGGGGUCUAAAGCUGGGUCCAACAAAAGCAGUACGAGUAGCAAAUCAGGGAAUGGGAAGACCUCCGUCUGGAUUUAAUCUUGGCUGGGCUUAAAACUUGUGCUCUUCAUAGUUUAUGGUAAGCAGCGGCUCACUGAAUAAUGACUUCCACUGAGUAAACAUUUGGCUCUGCUUAUCUUCAGGGAUGCUGUUGGCUUGUGAUCCAAGCUCAGGGGACUCUGAAGGCGGGGCUGGGACAGAGGAAAAGGAAGGGAAACAUAGUGUUCCUGGGCACAUGUUCCAGCAAUAAUACAGUUGUAGACUGUACAUGUGUGUCUUCCAGAUCUGGAAAAGAACAGAUAUAUUUAAAUCAUUCUUGUUGAACAAUUUUUGUAUGUACAGUAUUAUGGAACUUUUUCUUUUUUUUAGUAUGCGAACUUUUUUUUUGUACUUGUACAUUGGACCACUGUAGUUAUACUUUUAUAUUAAAGGGGGAAAAUCCUAAGGUAAUGCCUAUUAGACUAGUGUUAUUACUUUGUUCAGCAUGUUUCUAUCCUGGGUUUAAUGUUUUUUAAUAGACGCUACACCAAUAAAAGUGCCUCUCGUGAUGCAGGGAUAAUUUCAAAUAUAUGAGGAGGAGGAGGAGGAAUCAGUUUUCAGUCUUAGAAAGAACGUCCACAGUAGAAGGAGGUUGAGAUCUUAACUUGAGAAAUCUUUGAAUCUCAUUCAUGUGCCCAGAGUUGUAUCUGUCUUUGAAAACCUAUUUGUAUUUUCAAAGGAGAUAAAUGAUUCACUGCAGGAUUCCUUUAAAUAUCAAGCAUUGCCGGGAUAUGCUUUGAUGUAUAUCAUUUAAGUUCUUUCAAAAGGCUGGUACUCCCAGUUCUGUAGCGGUGUGGAGACUGUCAGGAGUCACUGAGAUUCCUCUACCACAGCGCAAACCACGCCUGCAAAAUGAGCCCUAACAGGGUGUUUAGUUGUGGACCUGUUUGAUUUGCCUUAAAUCUCUAUCCAGAAACCUGCCUCUCUCUAGUUUAAGAAACCAGUGGUGGGUAUUUUCUUUAUUUGUUAACAUUAGAAAUACAAAAAUUCCCUUGUAAGCUAAGAAUACUCAAAGCUCCUUGUGCUGCAUAUGGUGGAAGGCCUAAAUCCGAAUUCCUCAUUUUUUAUAAUUUACCAUGGAACUUUUAUAAUUUGCAUACUUCUGCCAAUGUCGUUUUCUGCCUGGAAGACCAGUCAGACCGGGGAUUUUAUCUGUAAAUAGAUCUAAAGAGAAUUCCAGUAUUUAUUCCCUACAAAUAUAUUUGUAGGCAUAUUAAUUUGUCAGUGACAAACAUUAAUGUCAUGUGACACUCAUAUUUUGCAGUAUUUUAUUGCCAUUUUCAAAUUGUAUUAUAUUGGAGAGCUUUGCUCUCUUGUCAGGUUCACAUCGUUUGUCUUACAGUUGAUGAGCUUCUGAGUAAGAGCUUGUUGAAGAUUUCAAGGAAGGGACUUUUGCUUCACUAUGGAAAUUUCAUUUUGGAUAUCUCACUCUUUUCCAGCAGGAAGCUGUCAUGAGCCACCUCUGACUUUGAAAUUCUAAAAGUAUUGUUUUUUUAUGUCAAUUUUGAAAUGAGAAUCCUAAAACGGCACCUUGGUGCUGUUCUUUCUUUUCUUUUUCCUUUGUUGAUCUCCAUUGCAUGUCUCCCACGCCUACCCCCAAACAAAAGAAACUCAGUAGAAAAUUUAAGCUUAUUUUCUAGCCAUGCAUUUACCUUUAUUUUGCUGAUACACACACACACACACACAUUAAUAAUUUUGACCUAGAGAAGUUUCCCAGGAUCUCUAAACAUCUUAAGCACAAAGUAAGUUCAGGUGAGACUGAAGGGAAAAUUUCGGAAAAUUAUACAUGUAUGUAUCCUGGAUAAUUAAUAGAUGUGCAAUUUCCUUCAAACUAAAUGUAUAAUAAGGAAAUUAAAAUAACUACAAAAGCAGGCAAGAUGGUAAAUACCUAAGCCUAGCUAAGAUAAGGAACUAUCAAUUACCUCUUAGUUACUAGAGCUUCAUGCAGAUGUCGUCAUUGAAGGACGGAAAAUGCACACACACUCACAUCUGUCUCUUCAGAGCCUGAAGAACAGCAUGGCAUUGCCAGCAGAAAGGUUUGAAAGUGAGGAGAGGGAGGGAGUCAGGCGGAAAUGCCAGGCCGACAUUUGGCGCCAGAAGUAUCCAUUGUUCCUACAAUUGGUGCCCCUGGCGUUUCUCUUGGUUUGUUCUGGUGAGGAUGUUACCUUUUGUGUCUGGAUAAUUCUUCACCUUAAAGUAUGUAGAGAAAUAUUCACAUGUGCAUACACGUUUAAAAACCCAUAUUUAUUCUGUCACUAAAGUUUUAAUUGGGACAUGGGUUUCUCAACUCUCACUUCUUUCUUAGUAUAUUUCUUUCUGCCUUUGAACAUAAGAGUUUGCCAAAGCCAUUUCCCCCUAAUGACAUCUGUGAACCCACAUUAAGAAAAUGGCCCUGUCAGUGUCUAGGUUAAUCCAUUGAUUUGGUCUACAGUGAAUCUAUAAAAAUAUCAUUCCAGUUAUUGUCCUAGAACUUGCAGGUAUUUGUAUGAAAAGUGUGUCAGCAUUUUUUCUUGUCAGAAUCAUAUUCCUUUGAAUUGCCGUGUAAGACAUGCUCUGUCAUAGGGUAUUUGCUUCUCUAGACAGAAGUUGAGUGUUUAGUUCUUCACAUCUGAGAAUCAGGAGACAGUCAUGUUUAUAUACCUUAGCAUACUGUUGGGUUUAUUUAGAUGUGGUGUGUCCUUUGCUGUCUUCCUUAAAAUCUGUUAUCCAGAGAGAUUUGUAAAAGGAACAGGCUUUUUUCUUAGUUUAAAUUUGAGGGGAUAAUUCGGUAACAUUUUCUCCUACAGAAAUGUUAAUGUUCGUUUUGUGGUUUCGAGUUUGCUUCAUGACUUAGUUUUGCCUGUUUCGAUAUUUCAUUUAAAACCACAAGUGUGCUCUCAUUUAAAGUCAGUUUUUCUGGUAAUUUUCCUUGACUAAUGUCUAAUGUCUGUAGAAUUACUUUGAUAAAAAUGAACUUUGUCAUCUAAAAUCUUUCUGGAGGUUAGGACUACUAAUAGUCUUUUUAAAGGGCACCUAUAUCUUUAAAGAGAAAAAAAAAAUCAUCAUCAGGUACCUUAAUUAUGUCAUUUCUUCUUGGUAUGAAAUGAGGCAGUUCAUUUUACUUUUCCAAGUUUCAGGAACCACUUUCCUUUCAAAAGUGUUAUGCAGUAGUUGGACUGAGCCUGUGGUAAAGGUAUCAGAAGACCAACUAUUGUUAUUGGUUAUUUAUCUGAACUUAAAGCUUAAAAAAAAAGUUGAAAAGAACUGUGAUGGUAGUAAGAUGUCCGUCAGUGCUCUUUAUCACAGGAAUCAGUGAGGGCUUAAAAUACUUGCUCUAGGCAGUUUAUACCAAGAAUGGAAGUAAACGUUAUUCCCGUGAGUUAUACCUAUGCUUUACCCUUAAGCUUAUGAAUAUCCAUCUUUAUGCUUCCUGUCUCAUUUAGGGGACAGUAUACUUCUAAAAACAAUACCUAUACUUUAUGAUAAAUUUUAGCCAGCCAGCUUUCAGUAAAAGGCAAAUACGUUUUACUUGAACCUUCUUUAAGAAACACCUUUCUGUGAAGGAAAGGUCUUUCCUGACUGAAGAAAAGUACCUGAAGUCAAAGGUAUCCAGUUGCUGGUCAUUUUAAUAGGAAGGUUCCCAGUACUAGGUGAUCUUUAUAGAAUCAUGUAAUCUCAUGAAGAGUCUUUCCACCUGAAAAUAAUAACGCCCGCAGCUAUACAGUACAGAGUUUGGAAAACAAAUUGCAACUCACCUGUGUAUCACACGUCUAAUAAUUCACAGUCACCAUCAAGUAUUAGAAUCAUUAAGUUGAGCUGCAUGCUUUUCACUCAUUCUGGCCACACAUCAUGGAGAGUUUAAAAGAUUUUACAUGUUGUCGCGAAUGCAAUUGUGUUUUGAAUAAUGUGAAGUCAGUUUGCGUUGUGCACAUUUCAUGUUAAUAACCGUACUUUCUGAAAGAAGCAAUCCAGAGCAUUCCAGAAUCCAGGAGUUCAAACAAGAGGAAGUCCUCUUCCCAAGCAAAAUCUCUACAGAAAUAAAGGAAGUAAGAGUUGUGCACUUCGGGGUUGGCUUGUUGAAUCAGCAAAAACGUUUGGCUGUCUAUGCUUCCAAGAUUGGAAAUCUUUUUCUUUAUUGUACUCUCAAUUGUGUUUUCUUUAAUAAAUCUCUUACAGAAGUCUCUACCUCAGGCACUAAGUGUCAGCUAUGGUUAGGGUAUUGAAACUGAAAAACUUAGCUAGGACUUCCAACUUUUUAAGAUAACUUAAAUGUAAACAACUGUUAACCAGCAAUCUCAUAUCAUGUGGCAUGCAGUUUGGAUAUCGUAUGAACAGCUAAGGAUUACCCAUUCUAGUGCCAAAGAUCACUCGUUGCUAAUUUUGUUUUGUACAGUUGAUGUAAAACUUUAUGGUUGGGGACAGACUCUGUGCUCAGGGCCUUGUCUCUAGAAAGAUUUCUUUCAGUCCCAAAUGUUUUGUCAGUUCCAAAUACAGUUUAGAAGAUUCA